AUGGAGGAAGAAACCCUGGAAGAUACCAACAGUGGGAUGAGGUACCUGAAGAAGAAAGAGCCUGAAAAGGAGUCACAAUUUGAAGAGAGAAUCAACCAUUCAAGUCAAGGGAAAAGCAUUUCCAAUGAAAAGAGAUCAGCUAUGAAUGGCUAUGUCCUCUGCAAUCCCUAUGCAGUGGCCUCUGGGCAGGAUGGCUCUAGCUUGGAAUGUGGAUGUGGAGAGAAUGGAGAGGAAUCCAAAGUUUGGCUACUGGCCAAGCAGAAGGUCCAGGAAGUGGAAAAAUUGGUGAAUAAUGCCCUUUCUAAUAUCCUUUCCCUUAAGGACAAGGCUUUGAAGUUGAAAAUCGGUAAUUCCCACAUCCUGGAUGUCAAAGCCAAACUGACUUCUGAUGGCAAAGGCCUUAACCUGAAGCUUCCUGUCACCACUAACGUCACCCUGAUCCUGCCUCUCAUUGGCAAGGUGGUCAACCUGAAGACUUCCUUGGACCUCCUGACUUGUGUCAAAAUGGAAACCAAUGUCCAGGCUGACAUUCCCACAGUGGUCCAGGGCGAAUGCACCUGCAAACCCAGCCAACACGUUGCUCACCUUGUUGGGCAGCCACAGUGUACUGAUCAACAACCUCACAGACACUUUGACCAGCUUCCUGAGCAAGACUGUGUCCUUCCUGGAGUAGAAGCAGAUAUGCCAUCGAUCUGCAUUUUCAUCUCCACCCUGGCUGUGAAUUUUAUUCAGAAUACACCAAUAAACUUCAGCAAAGAAUCAUCUACACAUUUUUUAAAUAAAACAUUCCUGGACAAGUAAUUGUUGAAAAUGAACUUGUUUAUAUAUAAGGGACCUGUCACUAAGAGGAGAGUCACCAAAAUAGUUACCUUC